AGCAGUAUGGACCUGGCAACUCUGCAAGGCUGUUGUGUUGUUUGUGUGGGAGAGUUGUGAGUGUUGAGUGUACACACUUUACACCCGGGGACACCACCAUUAGUACCAAGAGCAACACCACCCAGGAUGGGCGACGAGACUUGGGCCAGCAUCCAGCUGGUGAAGAGUAAGAGGGAGAUAUUUAGGGAGAAGAUCAAGAAGAGGAAGGCUGAGAGGGAGACGAUCCUAAGUUCAGUGGGUGCAGGCGGGACCAGUAGCCCGAGCCCCUUCAUUCCCCCUGUCCUUCCCACUCCCUCUCCCUCACUUCCACCAGCAGCAGCAACAACAGCAGUAGCAGCAGCAGCAGCAUCAGCAGCUGCAAAAGGAACUGCAGCAGUAAUAGCAGCAGCAGCAGUGACACCAAUCGGAAGUGAUGAAUCCAGUUUAGAAUGUGCCCUGUUAGAAUGUCUAAAUGGAGCCCUACCACCUGUCCAGUCAACUCAACUCACUCAGACACUGUCUAUAAAACUAAGAAAAACAUUACAACCUAAGGUUAUCAAUAAUCUUUUGCAAAAAUUUGCCUACAAGGAGCUUAUAAGUAUGACACAAGACGUUACAGACGGCAACACAGCUAUAACUGUGACAGCAGUUCAACACAACAGAGUUUCAGCAGUGUUGGGUGCUGAGUAUCGAGAAAAAAAACUUCGGUCUGUCACUACCUCUCAAAAAAGUGAAUGUGUUGUGACUGAAAAAAUUUCAGUUUCGUUUGAUGAACCCCUUGUGAAAAUUUUACGGGAAGAUAAAGAGAAUAAGAUUGAUAAGGAUAAACGAAAAGAAACACGAGAUGACGAUGUCAUGAGCUUGUUAUCAGCACAGAGCAUUCGUGAACGGGAAACAAAAAAGGUUGGUGAAGAAAUUAUGGAAUUAUUGAGUAAACCUACAGCUAAAGAACAGAGUAUUGCUCAACGAUUUAGAUCUCAGGGAGGGGCAAAAGUUCAAGAAUUUUGUCCACAUGGUACCAAAGAGGAGUGUGAGAGAGCAGCAAAGAAGAGUGGACAUCAGUGUGGCCGCCUUCAUUUUCGUAAAAUCAUCCAAAAACACACAGAUGAAUCCUUAGGUGACUGCUCCUUUCUUAAUACAUGUUUUCACAUGGACACCUGCCGUUAUGUUCAUUAUGAGGUUGAUUAUGCAGGUGUAUCUGGACAAGAGCAGCAAGACCAGCCGACCUCCAUCAUUAUGCCUCAAGAGCGCCCACGCCCAGAGGAAAGGUCUAUCUUAUUUCCCCCACAGUGGAUACAGUGUGAUCUUAGGUUUCUAGAUAUGUCUAUACUAGGAAAAUUUGCUGUGAUUAUGGCAGAUCCUCCGUGGGAUAUCCACAUGGAACUUCCCUAUGGCACAAUGUCAGAUGAUGAGAUGAGACAGCUUAAUAUUCCUAUAAUGCAAGAUGAAGGACUCAUCUUUUUGUGGGUCACUGGCAGAGCGAUGGAGCUAGGCCGAGAAUGUCUGAAACUUUGGGGCUACGAGCGUGUUGAUGAAAUUAUUUGGGUAAAAACAAAUCAAUUGCAGCGAAUUAUCCGCACUGGUAGAACAGGACAUUGGCUGAAUCAUGGGAAGGAACAUUGUUUGGUUGGCAUGAAAGGAAAUCCAAAGAUAAAUCGAGGUUUAGAUGGAGAUGUCAUUGUAGCAGAGGUUCGAGCUACCAGUCACAAGCCAGAUGAAAUUUAUGGCAUAAUUGAACGUCUCUCACCAGGAACACGGAAAUUAGAACUCUUUGGACGACCUCACAAUGUUCAACCAAACUGGGUCACACUUGGAAAUCAGCUAGAAGGUGUCAAUUUAUUAGAGGAAGAUCUUGUAAAAGCCUUCAAGGAGAGAUAUCCAGAUGGCAUUUGUCGUAAACCAUCUUCACAAUAAUCGGCAUGUUUUUGAUUUCGUCAUCUUUGACAGUAUUGGCACCUCUGAUUUGCAUGGGGGUUACCAGUACAAAAAAAUACAUAUAUAUAUUAAUAUGAUUAUAGCACAUAAGUGCUGAAAUUUAUUUUAAGUUUUGUGUAGACUAGAUAUUCUCAUUUUCUGUGAUUGUUAAUAUAUUUACAGUAUGUGCAUAAAGUAUCUGUAAUGUCUUAGAAAUUGACCAAAAGUUUCUGUAAUAGCUUUUCAGAAUACAUUUAUGAGGUUUUAAUCCAUAAUUAUAAUGGUAACUUUUAUUAAAUAUUGUGAUAAUGAUCACAAAAUAAGAAUUAUUUAAUUAAACAUUGGAUAUAGAAAUAGUUAACAUCAUUUCUCUGAUGAAAAAAUAUAUCUUAAGUGGCUGAAAAUAAUCCCUGAAAACUAAA